UCAGAGAGAGAGUCGGAGGCAGGUGGAGGGUGCAAGGCAGAGAGAGAAACCAAGUGGGAAGGAAAAAACAAGAUGAAGGGAAGAGAAGAAGGGAGAGCUGCCUCUCGUAAAUAAACGCUGAGAGGGGGGGAGGCAGUGAGGGCAAAGAGAAACCAGCGACUCUCGCACGGUUUCAAGCAGAGGAAAGGAGACGGAGCAGGAGCAGGGCGAUGCUUCAGUCCAGCGCUGCUUGAACCAAAGCAGAGGAGAGGGAGAAGAGCAACAGAGAAAAAGAGCUGGCAGAGAGGAGAGCACAAGAGGAGACACAGGGAGGGAAAGAGGAGGAAAUGAAGAGGAUGGAGUGGCAGAGAACGAGCAGAGACACAGUUCCCUGGUUACUCAGGCUCACAUGAGUUACUACAAGAUGCUGUCAAAGAACCAGUGUGUGAGGGCGGAGUGAUGGAAGUCCGUUUGCACAAACUACGGCUGCUGCUUGAAGCUCAGUAGGGGUGUGUGUGUGUGUGUGUGUGUGUCAGUGUGAGAACAUAUGACAGACCAGCUGUUCUGGAGGUAAACAGGGCCAGGUGCACCCAGAGGAGGAAAACAAGGAGGGUAGUGGGAAGACACGGGAAGAGACAGCGUGGGUUUGUGUGCAGCCAGCACAUAGAAGAAGCUUCAGUCCAACUUUCUCAGGUGCCGUUAAAGGGCGUGUGUGCGUGCGUGUGUGUUUUUGUACAACACCGAAAAAAGAAGAAAGGGAGAUGACAGCAGCAACAAUGAGGUGCCACUGAGCAUCUCAGUGGUUGCUUUUGACUACUCUUUUACACCAGAAAAGCCACCUGAAGCCACUCCCUACCUCAUCUCAACCCAACAAGUGGACUUGAAGACUCAGAAAAAGGGACUUUAACACCAGCUCUGGUGCCCUGCUGUCUUGGAAGCCCCCACCCGAUUUCCUGUGACCAGUGGAUGCCUCCUGACUCCCAACAUGGGAGAAUGGACCAUCCUAGAGCGCCUCCUAGAGGCCGCCGUGCAGCAGCACUCUACUAUGAUCGGAAGGAUCCUGCUAACAGUAGUGGUGAUCUUCCGUAUCUUGAUCGUGGCAAUUGUGGGGGAGACAGUGUACGAGGAUGAGCAGACUAUGUUCAUCUGUAACACUCUGCAGCCAGGCUGCAACCAGGCCUGCUACGACAAGGCAUUCCCCAUUUCUCACAUCCGCUACUGGGUCUUCCAGAUCAUACUGGUGUGCACGCCUAGCCUCUGCUUCAUCACCUACUCCGUCCACCAGUCGGCCAAGCAGAAAGACCGGCGCUACUCCUUUCUCUAUCCCAUAAUGGAGAGGGACUACGGUGGACGGGAUGGGGCGCGAAAGCUUCGCAACAUUAAUGGCAUUCUAGUUCAACAUGGCGGUGAUGGUGGAGGAGGGAAGGAAGAAGCCGACUGUCUGGAGGUGAAGGAGAUUCCCAACGCCCCUCGGGGCCUCACCCACGGGAAGAGCUCUAAGGUUCGCCGGCAAGAAGGGAUCUCCCGCUUUUACAUCAUUCAGGUGGUGUUCAGAAAUGCACUGGAGAUUGGCUUCUUGGCGGGCCAAUACUUCCUUUACGGCUUUAGUGUGCCUGGGAUUUUCGAAUGUGACCGGUACCCGUGUCUGAAGGAGGUGGAGUGCUACGUGUCCCGCCCCACGGAAAAAACAGUUUUCCUGGUGUUCAUGUUUGCAGUGAGUGGCAUCUGCGUAGUACUCAACCUCGCCGAGCUCAACCAUCUGGGCUGGCGCAAGAUAAAGGCCGCCAUCAGGGGUGUCCAGGCCCGCAGGAAGUCUAUCUGUGAGAUCAGGAAGAAGGACAUGGCGCACCUGUCUCAGCCGCCCAACCUCGGACGCACACAGUCCAGCGAAUCUGCCUAUGUCUGAUGAUGAAGAGAGGAAAAAGAGGAGGAGCAGGAUGAGAGAGACAAAAUUAAUUAAUUAUGAUUUUAAUUUAAUGAAGAUGGUGUGCAGGUCGAACAAGAUGACCCCUCCUCUGUGACGAUGGAAUGUAAAAAGACCAAACCUCCAGCUCGAUGACUUUGAGAGUCAAGAUAGUGUAGAGAGAGAAGACAAUUAAAAAUGAUAGAGAGAGGGCAACAGAGGACAGAAAGUUCUGCACUGCAAAUGAACACAUUUUGGUCUCACGGGGGGAUAUUCCAACUGCCAUUUUAUACUUUUGUCUUUUUUUUUUUUUUUAACUAAUUACCUUCUCCUCAGCCCCUCCUUUCUUUUAAAGUGAGAAAUCAAAUCCUCAUGGGGCUGGAGAGGGAAGGAUAAGAGAUGAGAAGACGAGGGGAAGCGGGUAUUGUCCUUUCUUUUAAAGUGAGAAAUCAAAUCCUCAUGGGGCUGGAGAGGGAAGGAUAAGAGAUGAGAAGACGAGGGGAAGCGGGUAUUGUUUUCUUUGGGGUAUAUUGGAGGAUGACGGUGGUGUUUGAUGCAUCCCAUGGUGCUUUUCUUCUGGACUGUGUCAGCUUCAAUGAAAAAGGGAGGG